AUGACAGCGCGCAUUGAGCCAUCGACCAUAAAGGGCUUUUUUGCCGGCUCCGGCCAGGAUAUGUUUGGGGAACUGGACGCCGUGGAUCGUGUGCUGACGCUCACGGGACACUUUGACGCGGGCACAAAGGCCUUGACGGCGCCUGUGCGUGUGGCGUACAUUGGCACUGCGGUCUACGACCUCCCCAAGUACAGGGAUAAGCAGACAAAGGAGUUUCUGUCGCGUGGCUGCAGCGUGGGUGAGGUCUGCGUAGCGGCUCCCUCCUCGCCCAGCAGCACAGUCGCGAAGGAGGAGCUGGAGUUUUUAAGCCAGGCGCACAUUGUGCUGGUGUCAGGCGGCAACACACUCUUCGCCAUUCGACGGUGGGAGGAGACUGGGCUCGAUGUUUGCCUUCGGGCCGCGGCGAUUCGGGGUGCCGUGUUGGCGGGCGGAAGUGCUGGGGCAAUUUGCUGGUUCACCUCCGGUCACAGCGACUCGGCCGACCCGACGACGUACGCCGCGGCAAUGUUGCGUGCGGCAUGCGGCGCCGCCAACAAAACGGGAGGGGCGGCGGAACAGCAGCAGGGGGAGGAAGAAGAAGACAAUACGUCGUGGAGUUACAUCCGCGUGCAUGGCCUCGGUCUAUUGCCGGGCCUGCUCUGCCCCCACCAUGACAGGCGUGAGAGCAACGGGGUUCUGCGGGAGGAGGACAUCGGCAAGAUGAUGAAGCGGCACCCGACGGAGCGUGGAAUCGGUAUUGACCACUGGGCGGCGCUUGUGUUGCCGGGCGACGGCACCUACGAGGUCUUCGCCGUGCCUGGCAAGCAACGUGGCACAAACAAUGCGCUGCUUCCGGCCGUCUACGUGAAGGACAUCGUGCAGGGUGAAUUGCGUUCGCUGGAGAUGCCGGAACGGGGCCGACUGGGCGAGCUGCUGCGGCAGCCAAGCGGUCCAGUUGUGCGGGAUCCCUUUGAGGCGUACUACGCCAUGGCGAAUCCAACGGUGACAAGCGAGAAGCUCCUAUGUCGUUCUCAUUGA